UUUAUCUCACACAACAUUAUUGUUCCUAUGAAGCAAGAUCUCAAAAUUGGUGUUAUUGGCGCAGGUUUUAGCGGUUUGUGCGCUGCCAUUCAGGUCAAGAAGCAGCUUGGUCUCGACGUGGAGAUUAUUGACAAGGAUUCGGAUUUCGGUGGUACCUGGCAUGUCAAUACCUACCCUGGAUGUGCAUGCGAUAUACCUUCUCAUGUCUAUUCAUUCUCGUUCGAACUCAAUCCAUAUUGGUCUAGAUAUCAAAGCCCUCGACAGGAAAUUUCUGCUUACCUACGUAGUGUGGCGGCCAAGUAUGGUUUGUACCAGCAAACGAGGUUCAACACGGAGGUAGUCGCAGCUCAUUGGAUAGAGUCGGAUCAACUCUGGAAAGUCACAGUCCGCAAAGCAUUCUGGUCCGCCCAUGGUGCCACGUAUGGUGAUACUGAGGAACUAUACUACAAUGUAUUAUUUGGUGCAGUAGGUCCUCUGAUGGUUCCAAAUAAACCGGAGAUGUUUGAUUCCUUCCAGGGCAAGGUGGUACAUACAGCAAAGUGGGACAACUCGAUUGAUAUGAAAAACAAAAGAGUAGCUGUGAUUGGAAGCGGAGCAAGUGCCAUUCAAACCAUUCCGGAAAUCGCAAAGGAAGCAAAGUCGCUUUAUAGUUAUCAGCGCAGACCGGCCUGGGUAGGCCCUCAGAUCGGCAAUUUUUACAGUCAAAGAACAAAGACCAUUUUUUCAUGGUUCCCGGUCUUGAUGAGACUCUACAGGUGGUUAAUAUUCAUCCUGCUUGAUAGAAACAUCAGGAUCUUCAAUAGACCAGAAGAAUUCAACGAAAUCGCAAGACAAAGAUUCACCGCCUACAUGACUAAAACACUCACGUCUUUAAAUCGCAAAGACCUCAUUGAAAAGCUUGUACCAGAUUACCCUGUCGGUUGUAAACGAAUUGCCUAUUCACGUAUAUACUUGGAAGGAAUUGCCCGUGAAAAUGUAUAUGUGGAAAGGUCGCCUAUUGCCGCUGUUAAAAGCAAUAGCAUCGUCACUGAGGAUGGUGAAGAACGUGAAAUAGAUGUGUUGGUAUUGGCGACUGGAUUUAUCACACAAGACUACAUGGGUCCACUCCAAAUUUAUGGACAGAAUGGACUAUCCUUGAAGAAAUAUUGGGCAGAAAAUGGGUUCCCCAAAACAUACAAGACCGUAACUGUCAACCAAUUCCCUAACCUGUUUGUUAUCCUUGGCCCUGGAUCUGGCUUAGGCCACAACUCGGUGGUUAUUAUGGCAGAAUGCCAGGUGAACUAUGCUGUCGACUGCAUUAGAAAGAUGAUGAAAAAGAGCGUGAAGUCCAUUAACGUCAAGGCUGAGCGCGCCGAACAAUUCUCUAGUACGCUAGAGCAAGAGCUUUCAUCUACUGUGUGGUCUCGGAACUGCAUGAGCUGGUACCAAAACGCAAUGGGCAAGGUGACACUGUUGUGGAGUCGCUCGGUCACUGAGUUUUGGUGGACAACUCGCUCUGCCAAUUUGCAUGACUAUGAACAAAUCAAAGCUGUCAAACAAUCUUAAGAUUUACUAUCGUUCAUUCCCAUUUGACAUGAGCGACUUUUCAAUACCGUUGUCAUUUGCUUUUGCUAU